GUCAACCGGACAGCCACACUUACGCUCCUCCCCGCCUAAAACAGCUCAACAGGUUUUCCUGGCUGCAUAACUUGAAUAAUUGAGCUCCUUUUGUCACUAUUCCCCGGAGGGAGGAUUGGGUCACGCUUCUGGGCAUUGAGUUUCUUGCUGCUUCCGCUACCUGGCGGCACCUGUCUUCCGGCAACACCAGAAGGCCCUUCCCAGCAGUGCCCUAGAGAGAGUCGUCCCUAGCACAGAGUGGCCCACACCUCACCUCUGUCUUCUUUCCAUUGAAUCAGCCCUCGCAUGGCGUCCUGGCAUCCCUGCACCCGUCUCUCUUCUGCCCUGACCGGCUGGCUAUUGUCACUGCUGGUUCUGCUUCUCCCUGCUGUUCUUUCCUCUCCCCUGGCAGUGCGUGUAGGGGAUUCUGUUUCUCUCCCCAUCCCAUUCCCUUUACCCUCUUUUCAGAUUCAAACCACUAUUAUCUGGAGAAGGAAUACCACCAUCCUGGCCAUGGGGAGCUUGCACCCCAAUUUCACCGUUGUGGUAGCCCCCAGCUUUCAUCCUCAGUUCAGCGUGGAUCCUUUGCGUGGCAACCUUAACAUCACUGCAAUGACUCCCUCCAAUUCUGGCAUCUACACAGUGGAGAUCUUCACUCUGGGGAGCUCAGCACAGAAGGAAAACAUCACUGUUCAAGUGUAUGAGGAGAUAGGUGAUGUCUCUGUGAUCCCGCCAUCUGCUGAAGCCACAGAAGAUGGCAGCUCAGUGGCCCUGAACUGCACCCCAGUCCAUGGCUCUGUAUCCUGGACCAAGAAUGGGCAGCGUCUUGGUGAAAAUCCCCGAUAUUUGCAUUCAGCUGGCUACUUGCAGAUCAGAAGCCCACAACGUAUGGACACAGGUGUUUACCGUUGUACCAUCUCCAACCCAUUCGGUAAUGGGACUGGCACCUCGAACCUUACUGUCAAUUAUGGUCCGGAGACCCCAACAAUUACCAUCUCAUCAUCGGACCAGGAUUCGGAUGCUGGAAGUUUCAUUCUGGUGAACAGUACGGUGAACUUAACCUGCCUGGCACCAUCUGAGCCUCAGGCAAAGAUCUACUGGAAUGUGGCAGAUAGUGAAGAUCUCGGUGUGCCCUCCUUGCCAAUUCUGUACCUGCCUCGAGUGCAGCUGAAUCAGGCCGGACCAUAUUCGUGCUUGGCCAUCAACCAGCGCACCCAAAAGCAUGUUCGGAACACUGUCAACCUCAAAGUUGCCCAACAACCCUCUGGGUUGCCCCACUGCUCUGUAACUUCUGCUGACAAUGGCACUGCUUUGCUUUUCACCUGUUCCUGGCCUGGGGGAUUCCCUGCUCCACAUUUGAGAUUUCAGGGCCUGCCUGGACCCAGCAAAGAGGCUAGUGAUUCUACCUUGCAACAACUGCUAGCCUCUCCCUUCCUAGAUGGGCUUAGUGGCAAAAAUAUCACCUGUUUGGGACGUCACUUGACCAGAGAGGGCAACUGCAGCAUGGUUCCAGAAGCACCUUCGGGAGUCUUGCUCUCAUUCCAAACAGACAGCAAUGCUAAUGGAUCGGUUGCUGUGGAACUGCAAUGCCAAGGCACCUUUAACCCAGUGGAGAUCAAAUGGUUUUGGGACGAGCAGCCACUACUUUCUACCAGUGAUCACUAUCAGCUUAGUCCUGAUAGGACACACUUAAUCAUCUGGAACUUCACAGUCCCAGAGGAUUUAGGGGAUUACAAGGUCACCUGCUCCAAUCCACUGGGAUCCCAACAGUCCAGUUUAACUCUCGUUGGUCCCUCCAUCUCUAACUGGACUCUAUCCCAUGGACCUUAUCCUGGUUCUGCUUACCUGAAUUGGACAGUUCCUAAGGGAUCUGUGGUUACUAGCUUUUGGAUCCAGAUGCAUAGUGUUAAGCAAAGCCGUUCCGGGGAGGAAUGGGAGACAGUGGAAGUCUUAGCUGCUGCCAACAGAUCUACCACUCUUUUGGGACUGCAGCCCCAAACGCCAUAUUCCUUCCGGAUUGUGCCUUACUUGGGGUCCCAGACUGGCAAUACAUCUCAUGUUCAAGUCCUCCAACCACCAGAUGUCCGUCUGAGCGGUGGUGCCAUUGCUGGAAUUGUGAUUGGCUCAAUCUUUGGGAUGCUUCUGCUCCUUGUCCUCCUGUUCUUGCUGGCCUGGAUGAUUUGGUUCAUUUGCCAUCGGAGAGCAAAGAACAAGAAAAUUCCACUUGAGAGUCAGCAGCACUAUCUGUCACGUCAGUUUCCCAAUGGGAACAAGCUGGAGUCAAAUGAUCCUUCUUGGAGGAAUUCCUGCUGGUCAUCUGGAGACUCAGAUAUCUACGCCAUCACCUAUGAGAAACACCUGUGCAAAUAUGGAGGCCCAACCUCUUUGCCCAUCAGUACCACGGACAGCAGUUUUCCUCUCCCAGCUCCAAGACCUGGCCCCAGACAAGUACGCAGUGCUACCCAAGUCUGAAGUUGUUAUGAGAGCAUCUCAUGAAGAAGCAUGUACCCCAGGCUGAUAGCCACUGAAAUGGGAUCCAGGCAUCCAAAGAUGGAACUAUGUCUUCUUCCCAUGGCUUCCUUGUUGAGAAACUGAGCAAAGUGUAUGAGAUCAAGUUUUCUGGAUUUAGAAACUUCCUCUUCUUGGAUUACAGAUGGCAAAUGAGCACAGAAAAGGAACUGAGUUAGCUAAGGCAACACUUCAACUAAUCCAUGUAAGGGAAGAGUGAAAUAUGGGGUCUCAGAAGGAUAUACUUUGUAUAGGUUGAAUGCAAAGAAUUGUUAUGCGGUCACAUAAAGCAGGGAUGUCACUGUCAAA